GUUUUACCAUAAAUAAUGUCCCAAAAAUAUUUUUUAAUGUAAAAUGAUAAAAUUAUUGUUGUGUAAUAUCUUAAUUAUUGCAGUUUACAACAGUAUUUUUAGUUUUUAAUUCGUUUGAAUACCUUAAAUUGUCAAAUAACGAAUACAUGAUGAAUACAACAUAAAAGUCAUAAUAAUAAUAAAAAGAAUAUUUUUGCGACAAUCUAAUUUAAGAAAAGAAGACCGCAAUACUAUUAAAAUGAGAUAUACAAAUUGCUGAUGACAGCUUAAAUUAAAAAUCUGUUUUAAGUAUAUAUAAUUCUAUUAUAUUUUUAAAUUACUUAGAAAUAAUUUCUAUAUCAAGUAUUUAUAUAUAAUUUAAAUUGAACUAUUAAUAGAUAUAUUACAAAUAAUCUGUUGACGAAAAAUGCACACACACACACAAAACAAGAAAUGUAACAUAAAAGGAAAUUUGAGAUUGUGAAAAACACUGGUAUUUUUCGUAAUUUUCUUUCCGCAGUAAAAAAAAGUGGCAGCCGAUUUCUCCGAUCACGUUAAUUGAUUCCGAUUGGUUCUUCUUAAUAUUCCCCUUUUGGACAUCCGGCCCAAGAUUGGUUCUUUUUAAUGUGAUUAUCCCCUCUACGUUUUGACGAAACCACGCCUCGUGGUCCUCGUGGUCCUCGUGGAUUGCCUUGGAAUUUGGAAGCCUUGGAUUGGACUGGAUCGUGUUUGAUUCGGUUGAACGUUGAAAACAUUAUUUCGGUUCUGGAAAGCCGAUGAGAAAGGACGGAGUCUUUGUUCCUAUACUUGAGUUAUAUUAAUAUACGAGUACAAUUAUCUGUGAAAAGCUUUAUCCAGCAAUAACUUUCUGGAUCGGCUCUGAGAAGAGUACACUCAAGGCAGUGCUAAAGGCAGCUAAAAUAUCCAUUCUUCAUUUUCAUCCAACGAUGUGGAAAGAGUGACGCAGUUUACCGAAGGGGACGACUGGUCACCUUUUAUAGAAAGCACGCGGAAGAACGUGAUCCCUCGACAAGAAUAAUCGUUUCCGAGGUCUUCGGUGCAAGAAUUUGAGGAGGAAAAGCAUAUUGCCGGAUUUAUUCGAAAAUAACAUCGACACACCGAUCAAAGGAUCGUGUGCCACACCAAAAAGAAAAUAGCAGACAAGGAAUCCUCAUUACACACUAAACUACGAAAAGGAAAUAGAUCGAAUUAAGAAGAAAAACCCACCAAUUCCAAUUACCAAAGGUAGGUCCCGAAGGUAACCUAGCUCAACAAAGUUAAAUAACAUAUUAUUUUCCCUAGUUCUAUAUAAUUUAGUAUGAUAAAGUAAAAGUAUCAAACGUGGCCUUGACGAUCUUUCAUGAAUUUUGAACAAUAGACCGUUCAUUAAUAUAGUUGAGAACCAAAGACGCUUAAGAAUAAAGUGAUACUCUCAUUGCAAUUUAUAAUAUUUAUUCAGUGAUACCAACAGGUGUCGAUUAAAAUUUUUACCUAUUAUAGUUUUUCUUCUGUUAAGUAUAUAUGUAGUGAAAUAAUUUGUAACUUUUGGCAAAUACUAGGUUUAAUUAGAGAAAUAUAAAUUCUGUACUGUAUUUUAUUAUAUCUAAAAAUAUAUGUAGGGGUGUAUAUGUAUAUAUUUAAAAGUAAAAUGAAGGUAUGUAUGUAUAUAUAUGAAUAUUAAUGUUUAUUAGGAAAAUUUGAUUUAAUAUAUUUUUUGAAUUAUUUUAUAUUAAGAAGUAAAGACUGGUAAUCUCUAAUAUACUGAAUAUAUCCCAGUAGCAAGGAUAUACUAUCACAAUACAUGACCUUGCAAAGAUCACGUAUAAACAUGUUGCUUCUUCUAAAGAAAACAAAAGAAUUUCAAAGAAUAUAGAAAACAUUAAGAGAAUAACUCUCAGAACCGAACAUUACAAAUAAAAGUUAGUAAAAGGAAAAGUUCCUUUAGAAUUUGAAACAAAAAUAAUGCCUAAAUUUAAUACCAAUCAAAAUCUUGAAUCUUCUCUAGAUUGAGAUUAAGCACGAACUGUAUGCAUCAUCCGCUCUUUGUAAUUAUCAUCAUCUAUUUAGAUAUAUUUUACAAUCUGCUAUAAACUUCAUAAUAUACCAAUCUAGACAAUCUAAUUCGUAAAUCCUUAAAGGAGUACACCAAAAUUAUAGAUUCACUAGUCACUGGGUCAGCCCAUGUAAAUUAGCACAACUGUUCUGCUGACUGAAAAGAGAUAAUUAUUAGUCAAAAGCCAGUCAGUAUAUACAAUACGCCAAUGUUUAAGGAGUAUAAUAUAAAGAAUUAACCUAGGAUUACAUUAUUUUCACCUGUUAUUUUCUCACUAAAAUAACGUACUAUCCUGGACUUUUGCCCAAAAAUUUGUGCAAUCAGAAAUACGAUUUAGGAAAACUGAUAAAAAAAAAUAUAUAUAUAUCUGAUAUUUUAUAUUAAUAUUCUACAAAUUUUUCUACAUCAGUAAUUUAGUUAUCAAUUAUUUUAGAAAUAACAAAAGAAAAAAUUGCACUAUAUACAUUUGCUGUUUCCCACUAAGAAUAGCACUUUAUCCUGGACUUAUGUCCAAAAAAUUUAAUGUAGAUUUAAAAUGGUAUGUGAAAACUGAUAAGUAUAAUAUUACAUCUUUAUAUUAAUACAUUUUUAAACUUCUUUAAAUUAACUUAGUUAUUAAUUAGUCUUCGAAUAACUUAUUUUGUAAUUUAUUCUUAGAUGGUGUCCCACUAAAGGCAGCAUAUUAUCUUAGUUUUGUGUACAGAAAUUAGAGUACAUUAUAUAUUUAAAAAAAAGAUUUAGUUUCAAGAUUAUCUACUAUUCGAAUUUUUUCUUGUGUCUUGUAUUAUCAUUUUACAAAACCUUGUAGAUAUUUUUACAUUACCAGGAGUUUAGGGAUUACUCUUAUUUAUUUAUGUAAUAUACUUACUAUUAGUCUUAAGAUCAUUUACUAUAUGAAUUUUCCCCAUCUCAUUUAUUAAUAGCCAUCAAAACUUUGUAUAUAUAUUCACAUUACCAGGAGCUUUGGAAUUUCUCCCAACCAUUUAUUUAAUAUACUUAUUAUUAGUUUUAAGAUCAUCUACUAUUCGGAUUUCUCUUAGUUUAUUAAUAAUUUAUAAAAUUUUGUAUAUAUAUUCAACAAAGAGUAAUCUUCUGUCUGAAUUUUAUUUGAAGAAUUCUAAAACUAACUAUAAGUGGUUUAAUCCAGAUUUAUUUAUUUAAAAAAAAAGGAAGAAAGAGUCUAGCAAUGCCGAAACAAGAUAACGUGAAAAAGGAUACAAAUAAAAAACGGAAGAAUGGCUCCCUCAUACAAGAUAUACCUAAUAGAGACAAAAAACCCAAUUACACGAUCUCUCCAAAAAACUUAAUACCAGCGGACCAAGUUCCUGUAGAAGUCAAACAAGGGGUUACUAUAUCCUCAGCAAAUAAUGCUGAUUGGAAUGGUAUGGGCAACACAACCAAAUCAGCAAGAAACACUUUCAUUAAAUCUCAGUUAUCCAACCAGUACUCAAACGGCAGCUUGGGACCUUUCAUUGUACAUAUAGAAUCAACACAGGAAGGAGAAGACCAAAACAUCGAAAACCUUCACCCAAUGUCCAUUGGACAAAUGUUAUACAAAAAAAGUAAGGAGGCAAAUUACAAACACAUAUAUAAUAAUGUCCUAAAUAUUAUAAGAAAAGGAAGAAAUUUGAUGAGUAUUGAAUUUAAAACCUCAGAAGAAGCGAAUAACUUUAUUGAUAAAAAAGAACUUAUUCCGAAAAAUUGGACAGUGUAUAUACCUAAUUUUAAAAUAUACAGAAUAGGUGUAAUAAGGAAUGUAUCGCAAGAUAUUACAGACGAUGAAUUUGUGGAAGGCCUCGAAUGGCCUAACAAUCAACAAAAUAGGAUUAAAAUUAACAAGGUUGAAAGAUUAAUGUACAUGGAUAAACAGCAUAAUAACGUGCUGAAACCUUCGACAACUGUCAAAAUCAUCUUUGAAAGCAGUCUACUUCCGGAAUUCUUAUAUCUUUACAAAGUGAGACACAGAGUGUUACCUUAUAUAAAUAAAGUCAGAAAGUGUAACAAUUGCUGCAGAUGGGGGCACACCUUCGCUGUAUGCAGAGGAAAGUUGACAUGUGGAAAUUGUGGUGAAAAUCAUACCACAGUAUCUUGUAACAGCAUGUUUCAGAAGUGUGCAAAUUGUGGAGGGGACCAUAACACGAACGAACUACAGUGCCCCUCUUUCCAGUACCACAAGCUAGUCAACUAUGUAAUGGCCUACACAAACAACUCGCAAUUCAACGCCAAACAAUUAAUCAAAAGAAAAGAAAUCGUGGACAUUGCACAAGUAUCUAGUCUAUUGAAAUCCCUUGCGUAUAUGGGAUGGAACACACAAACGGAUCUGGAGGCUUUUCCUAUAAUGGAUAAUAAAACGAAUAGUUCUAUCUAUAGCAGUAGGAUAUAUAACAGAAAUAGAUAUACUAGAUCCAACAUGGACGGAGACAGAAAAAUUCACAAGGAAAUGGAGCAGAGAAAAUCUGGACAUGAGAACGACAUACAAAACAAUCUAUCCCAAGAGAUAUAUAUUAUAAACUCAAGUGACGAUCUAAUCGGAGAUGCUGGCUCAUCCUUACCUAUGAAAAACAUACUCAAUUAUAAUCGGCGAAGAAGAUCCGUGAGUUCUUGUUCUCCAUCAGCAAGCUCGAGUGAAAAUAAUUGUAUUAGGUCGGAACAUGCAUUCAAUACGCUGGCUACAUCACAAAGUAAAAACUAUAUACUCUUAAGAAGUAAUACUCUUAAGAAGAAAAUAUAUACUCUUAAGAAAAAAUUAAAUACGGUAGUAAUAAUGUCAGAUAUCAGUAAAAUACUUAAUUCACAAAGUUCAAAUGAAAAUAAAUGGGAAGGACUAAUGUACUAUUUGACAGCUGUGUUGGAAAUCGAAGAAAGAAGUUGAUUCUCUGGUUGAAUAUAGCCAUUUCCUUACAACCAAUUGUAUUAUUAAUGGACAUUAAAAUAUUCCAAUGAAAUUGCAAAGGAGUUAGUGGAAAACAAAAAAAUGAAUUAUUUAAUCUAAUAUUAAAUUUCGACGUAAUAUGUUUACAGAAAACGUGGCUUUAUCCAUCUAAUAAAUGGGACAUUAACAACUUUUAUAUUAUUAGAAAUAACAGAAAGCAUAAUCAACUAGAAGGAGGUACGGCUAUUUUAAUAACAUUUCGGUUUACUUGGUGCCCGGCACAUAAAAAUAUUAGGGAUAAUGAAAGAGCGGAUGAUGCAGCUAAAGACGAAGCAUUGAUAGGUGAGUUUGUCGACAAUAAAAUUGGCUUUUCUGAAGUACUAGCAACAUUAAAGAAGGUUUAUAUCCAGAUAGAGGAAGAUUACUUAUCGAAAAUUAAUAUAAGAACAGGAAAUUACUAUAUAAAUAAUUUCACUGAUACAAACAUUAAAAGAAUUUCUAAAUACAAAAAAGAUAGAAAAGAACUUUGUAUAUUAUCAAGAAUAAUAAUAGGAUACCCUUAUACAAAUUCAAUUAAAUUCAAAUUUGGUUUAAUAAACUCACCAGAAUGCAAUUGCAAUCACCCUAUAUAGAAUCUGAAUUAUAUUUUUGGGCUUGCUCCUUUCAUAGGAUCAGGCAAGAGCUUUGUAAUAAGCUGUUCAAAUAUAUAUAUUAUGCUCCUUUCACAGUAGAAGUUCUGCUUUCUAUGACGAACGAAAGAAUCGCCAAGGCCAUAGUAAGAUUUGUAAUAGAUAGUGAACUUAAAAUAUAAGUUUAGUUAUAAAAUUUUUGAAUACCCAGCUUUGUUGAGUUGUUUGCCGAGGGAUUUGCCUUAUAGGUGCGGAAGGGGGACUCAGGAGUGGUCUCCAAAUUAAGAUAUACAAAUCCUUUGAGGAAAUAAAGAAAUUACUUAGGGCACAGUCAAUCUCCAAGACUUUUGUCUGGCUGUUUGGAAAACGUACUGUGUCCCAUUAGGGACAGAAAGCCAAAAAGAAUAAGAAGAAAAAACGUUAUUUCGUUUGCUGAACAAUUGUUUUGCUCUUUACAAGAAGUGCAACUAAAAGAUGAAGUAGAAGUUUAUCAAAGAACAAUUUUAAGAAACAAAAAAUAAUUUUAUUAGGUUACAUUUUGGGAGCUUUACGUAUUCCGAAUAUAAGAAUCGAGUGUAUUAUAAAUGUAACGCUUUGCGUUGACUGCAAAAUGAGCGACAUAAAAAAAGGAGCAACUGUUUUUACCGGCAAACCAUUUGUCUUUGUUGGUACGUCGGAACACAGAACUAUGUAAUAACUGUUUGAAGAGCAAGAAAUUAUUAAAUAUUUGGGUUGUCAGUACGUAUAUUAUUGCGAUCGCAAUUGUCAGAAGAAAAAUCGGCCAAUACAUAAGGCAAAAUGUGCAUAUUUGAAGAAGAUAUCAUCGAAAGUGUUACUAGACAUUAAUCCGAUCCGACUUAUGGCACAUACAAUUAUCAAGCUUAAUCAAGGUGGGGCAGAUGACAUAGGUCAUUACAAUAAGAAAAACUUGAAAUUUACAGAUCUGAUGUCUUAUUAUUCUGACAUAAAGGCAGAUAUGACACAAUACCUACAUUUUAUCUCAUUGUAUGGAACAUUAUUCCAAUUUCUUGAUAAGACUUCUGAAUGGUACAAAGAUGCAAAAUUAUAUGGCAACAAACUUUUACCAGGAUAUUUAUUGUAUUACGGAGAAAUACAUCCUGCGACAGGAGCUCUGUAUUAUGUAAUGGGAAUGACAGAGUUGCUUUUGGGAAAACCAAAAGAAGCGCUUUAAGUAUUAAAUAAAGCAGAUAUGGUAUUAAGGAUAACACAUGGAGACGAGUACUCUUUAAUAAAAAAAUUAAACUUUUUAGUUAACAUUGUUAUGAUAAUCAGUACUUGUGGCAUGUAAAAAUUUUGAAUUUUUAUUAUUCUUAAUUAUAAUUUUCUUCAGAUAUUCUAAUUUUUAUUUAUAUACUGAUUUAUUACAAGUUUUCAAACACACGAUCUAUAACUUUGUUAAAAUUUUUAUUUUUUUUUAUUCGUAAUAUUGUAUUUAUAAUUGACAAAUUUACAUAAAAUAUCACAAAGAAAUCUGUGAUUACACUUUAGAUGGAAUAAAAUAAUAUACAUGGAAAAUUUACUUAAAAAUGUAUAAAUUUAUAUAAAAUAUAUAUUUUUUUGAUACUGUUCUUACACAAAAUAUAAACUUAAGGAAUAAAUAUAUGCUAUCACAUUUGUUAGAGAUGUACAACCAAUUGUUUUCAGACUAUUUUGUUUUAACUGAAUAUAAUUGUAACAAAUUUUAAUUUAU